UUGCUUGACAAAAACGUCUUAACUGGACCAGCAUGGUGCAACUUCUCUCUCUCCUCUCUCCUGAAUACAGUUUCCUUCAUCUGUAUUUGCUCGUUUCUCCUUCUCCUUCCAAUAUUCCGCUUCAUGUUUGGUUCAGCUGUUCAGACAACUGUGUUACACAGUUGAAGCUUGUACACCGUACAGACACAUGUGAAGGAAGAUCGCCUGUGCUUGGCUGCUGAAUUCUCAUUAUGGUAGUUGCGGACGCGCUGUAUGUAUUUUGGCCUUGCCCGCUCACCGUCGCUAAACAAAACAGAAAAUGGCAUCCAGUGAGUCUCAGCCGCGGUUUGGUCAAUCGGUUAAAGGUUUAUUAUCCGAUAAAGUGGGCUCCUGCAGCGGGGAUGCAAUCGGACUGACCCGCCAAGUGCUGAAAGGAUCACGCAGUCAGGAGCUUCUUGGUCAAGCAGCAAGAAAUAUGGUCAUCCAGGAGGAUGCCAUUCUGCACUCUGAGGAUAGCCUGAGAAAAAUGUCUAUUAUCACCACACAUUUACAGUACCAGCAGGAGGCCAUCCAGAAGAAUGUGGAGCACUCUAAAAACCUGCAAGACCAACUGAGGUACUUGCUGAAGUGACACUGACAUACCUACAACUCGGUGGGACUCGAAACAUGUUUGCCAUGUAUAUACUUUAUAACAUCUGUGAAUAAGAACUCUGCAAAGCAACCAUGGAAUUUUUGUUUUCAUAAAUUGUGUAAAAUGUUUUGAUCAGUUGUAAUAAAUGUAUUUACCAAAUACAUUAUUUGUGUCAACUUGGUAUGGAAUCAAACACAUACCUGUAAGGCAGAAAAAUGAAAGGAGUCACUGGCCUUUAUUAAAACAUAAACCCAGACUUAACAGAGCCAGUUGAUAACCAGCUGUGUGGUACCGGUUAUCUAGGACAGAUGAUGUUUGGCUCAGUAAAGCCAGAUAACUCCAAGAGAGCCAGACUAAGCUUUGUGAUAAAGGCCUCAGUACUUUUUCAAUGAGUGGUAGAAACUAAGAUUUUAUCUCCUGGACACAUCAAAAGAUUUAAUGCCAUAUUUUGUUGAUAUUAAAUGACAAUGUUAGGUAUUUUUAGUCAGAUAGAAAUUGGAUAGAUACUUUAAGUAUUAGAAAUGUUUAGUGGAG